UUGGCGUCUGCCCGGCCACGGAGCCGGAGCGAACGGCGCUGAGCCGUGCGGUGUGGACUCCGGGCAGGGCCGGGCCGGGCCGGGCCGGGGGUCCAGGAUGCUGAACGUCCCGUCUCAGUCCUUCCCAGGCCCCAGCUCCCAGCAGCGCGCCGCCUCUGGGGGCCGCAGCAAGGUCCCUUUAAAACAAGGCAGAAGUCUUAUGGAUUGGAUUCGACUGACCAAAAGUGGAAAGGACCUGACAGGUAUGCAAGGCAGGCUGAUUGAAGUCACUGAAGAAGAACUUAAGAAACACAACAAGAAAGAUGAUUGCUGGAUAUGCAUAAGGGGGUAUGUUUAUAACGUCAGCCCGUACAUGGAGUAUCACCCUGGUGGAGAAGAGGAGCUCAUGAGAGCAGCGGGAGCGGAUGGCACCGAUCUUUUCGAUCAGGUUCACCGUUGGGUCAAUUAUGAAUCCAUGCUGAAGGAAUGCCUGGUUGGCAGGAUGGCAGUGAAGCUCACUGCUCUGAAAGACUAUCGUGAGGAAAGGCGAGUCUUAAAUGGUUUGCUUCCGAAGAGGCCAGCGACAGAUGCGCCUGCCAUGGAAAGUCCCUCUUCUCCAAGCUACGACUGGUUCCAAACAGACUCUUCAGUUACCAUCGUCAUAUACACAAAACAGAAGGAUAUCAGUUUAGAAUCAAUAAUCAUUGAUCAUCAGGAUGGUUCCUUUAGAGCAGAAACAAUCAUGAAGGAUUAUUCAUAUCUUAUACAUAUUGGGCUAAGCCAUGAGGUUCAGGAAGACUUUUCUGUGCGGGUUGUUGAGAACGUGGGAAAAAUAGAGAUUAUCCUUAAGAAAAGAGAGAAUACUUCCUGGAAGAGUCUUGGCCAUCCACUGGAGAUGCACCUUUCAUUUAUUCCAAGGAAAGAUAGAGGUCUGUACUACAGGAAGUGCCAGCUGGUGUCAAAGGCAGUCGUCACUCCUGACACAAGGCUGUUCUGUGUGGCACUGCCUCCAUGCACUCAUCUGCAGGUGCAGGCCGGGCACCAUGUUUACCUCAAGCUGACCAUUGCAGGUACAGAAAUAGUGAAGCCAUAUACACCUGUAUCUGAUUCCUUAGUCUCAGAGUUCAAAGAGCCAGUUCUUCCUAACAAUAAAUACAUUUACUUUUUGAUCAAAAUUUAUCCUUCUGGACUUUUCACACCUGAGCUUGAUCGUCUUGAGAUCGGAGAUUUUGUUUCUGUAAGCAGUCCUGAGGGCAGUUUUAAAAUAUCCAAACUCCAGGAAUUAGAAGAUCUCUUUUUAUUGGCAGCUGGAACAGGCUUCACACCAAUGGUUAAAAUUCUGAAUUAUGCUUUGACUAAUGUACCCAGUCUCAGGAAGAUAAAGUUGAUGUUCUUCAAUAAAACAGAGGAUGAUAUAAUUUGGAGAAGACAAUUAGAGAAAUUGGCAUUUGACAAUGAAAGAUUUGAUGUUGAAUUUGUUCUCUCAGCACCUGCUUUGGAAUGGAAUGGCAAACGGGGACACAUUUCACCAGCUCUUCUCUCUGAAUUUUUGAAAAGAAGCCUAGAAAACUCCAAAGUCCUCCUGUGCAUUUGUGGACCGGUGCCAUUUACGGAGCUUGGAACUGGGUUGCUGUACGAUCUUAACUUCUCCACAGAUGAGAUCCAUAGUUUUACGGCAUGAUGAAGACCUUCCAUUGUCUUCUAUUCAACCAGGUUAUUUUCAUCUGUGAUGGACUGAGAUUUUUUUAAGUGAACAUUUUUGUAUGUCCUAAAGGUUAACUAGAGUCCAGGCUUCCAUUUCUUAAAUGAAAUCCAGUGUUCCCUCAGUACAGGUAACUUCUUGGUUUUUUUACUACUGAUAUUUAACCUGGACAGCCAAUCAUGACAACAGUGACAUGCAAGAUUCUUUGUUAUGGGUUACAAAUUUCCUUAUAUUCAGAUUGUAUCACUGUUCUACUAUAUCACUUGCCAAUGGUCACUUUGAUUAUGUUUCUAUGCUAUUGUAUUAUUAGCAAUACGUUCUAUUUUACUCAGGAAUUGAUCAUUUAUGUCUUUGUUGUUAAUAUUAAAAUGUGAAAUAUGGUAAUUUAUUAAGUGACCCAAACAAUUUUUUGUAUGUAUGGCAUUGAUGCAGAGUAGAAUAAAAUUAUACUUCAGUACUUUU